GGGGCACUCUCACAUGCUAACUGCGUCGCAAGAAAUAGGAAGUCCAUUCUACACAGGUUUUUCCUUCAUAAGCGUCUCAACGAAUUGAACAGCAUGUCUGCAGCUAAAGUGAAAAUGCGGCAGAGGAAGAUGAAGAAUCAGCCUGCCAGUGUUCAGUAUACGGGGCGUAACGGUGACGGGACGCCGCGGUCUGGCUCAGGACAAUUUGACAGUGGCGAUGCUAACACCUCUUCAACCACUGAGACCGAGCCAGGUGCCCGUCAUGGACGGUUCGGUGGACACCAGAAGCUGGGUGGAGCCCCCGUCAAAGAAAUACCAAGACACAUUCUUGCCGGAGGCUUUGCGUUUGCCAGGUCUGCAGAGGUGCGUGCCAUGCUCAAAGCCGUCACCAAGACAACAGGCAGCUGUCAUGUUUUUGGAGCGCUGCCCAAACAUAUGAGGCGGCGAGCGAUGAGCCACAACACCAAGCGCCUUCCUUGCCGGCUGAGAGAAAUGGCAAACCGCCUGCGUGAGAAGAGCCUACAGGCUGGCUCCAAGAAGAAGAAGGAACAAGCAAAGUGCAAGAGUCGCAAAGCCCGCCGCCGGCAUGGAAACCUGUUGCUUGAGUUCAACCGUCGGCAGAGAAAGAACGUAUGGUUGGAGACCCACAUUUGGCAUGCCAAGCGAUUCCACAUGGUGAAGAAGUGGGGCUACUGUCUUGGAGACAGACCCACCUACAAGUGCUAUCGUACCUGCUACAGAGCCAUGAGCAACCACUGUUUGCUUCAGGACUUGUCUUACUACUGCUGCAUUGAGCUACAGGGAUCCGAAGACAAUCUGCUGCUGUCUCUGUCACAGUUGGCCAGUAAGGAGGCCGGUCCUACGUUUGCUGCAGCACUGUCUCUCUCUGGGAGAAGACAGGGCAGUGUGGUGGUCUACAGGGCUGGGCAGUAUCCGAAACAGCCACUUGGCCCGGUCACCUUUCUGUGGAGGCCACGUGCAUCGGGCUCCACUCACAGGCAGCUGUGGAUUUGGGCUCAUCCCACUCUGAAGAAGGACCUUCUCUCAGAGCUGCAGACUGUCUGCCAGUGUUCUGAGGUCGUCCUUCCUCCAGUGCUGUCAGAGGUGAAGCGUCCUGAGGUCGUCUCUGCUGCAGAAGAUGCAGAGGCGGACAAAGACUCAGAGACCAAGCCUUCAUCUGGGACUAAGAGAAAACGUGGCAGUAAGGACACGAAUGAACCUCCUGCAAAGAAGAUACUGGGCGAUGGGACCAGAUCUCCUGGCACACCUGUUACGUGGAAGUCCAGCUCAACUGGAACAGUUAUAAAUGAUCUCACCAUGGAGAUUGUGCGCUAUCGCCUGAUUGGGCCACAGUCUCAUUCUGUGCUGGCCCAAACGUUGGAGGCAGCGACCGACUGUGAUGAGCGGAUCAAAUCGCAGCCCUCGUGCCUCUGGUGGCCUGAACACUGCAAAGAUGCCAACAAGAUGGCUGCACACCAGCAGCAGGCAGAUGUCUUUCACACUCUGAGAGGCGUUUUUUCCACCGCAGAGCUGGCUCCUGGCACAGUUCUGGGUUUAACGGUGGACGACCCCAGACUCACAUUACCAAGAAAGAGGGUCAAAUCCUUGCCCUGUGUGAAGGAGGCACAAGAGGUGGAUGAGGAGAAGAGGAGGGAACUCGUGUUGCGGGGCGUCUCUGAACAAUGCUGUCAGAGCUUCCUGUGGGAACAGUCUGUCCGUGACAACGUGACUGAGAACAAAAUCUCUGAACAGGAGUUGAACCGCAUGAGAAGUGAGGUCCUUGUUCCUGGGUCGAGACUGAGUCCCACGCCUCAAGGCAGGGUCCCCAUCCUGCUGGUUCAGCAGCCUGGCAAGCAGGCGGGGCAUGAGAUGAGCUCCUGGGGUGCUGGAUGGGACCUGCUCCUGCCAAAAGGCUGGGGCAUGGCCUUCUGGAUCCCUCUGGUGUACCGAGGAGUGCGCAUCGCUGGACUGAGCAUGAGUCUGAAACACUCCCAGCACAAAGGGGCUCCCCACUUUCCCCAUGAUUACCCAGACUGCCCUGCUGGUGCCACUCACCAGGAGGAACAGGAGACGGAGCUUCUUCAGAAGUUUGAAAGGCGUCCGCCUGCCAAAAGGACCAAUUACAUUAAACAUGGCUGUCUGGCUCCGUUCUGUUGCCCCUGGCAACAACUGGCAGAGGAGUGGGAGCUGAUGGCAGGCAGAGGAAGCCAGUCGAUGAAGGAGGACAGCCAGGGUGCCAUGGAGGUCGGCGGAGAGAUGAGGUCACCUCCUGUGGACCCCACCGCAGAGCCUCCCAGACACUUCACUGUUCUCAGGAACAGGAAGUCUCUGCGGCUGCUCUCUGGUUGGUGCCGACCCACUUCCUCUAAAGGUCAGAGGCCGUGUGGUGUCCGAGAAGGGCCUCCACUGGACAACGCAGCCAAGACCUCCUUUCUGGCCACUCAUGACAUGAGUGUGGUGUGGGUUCGACUCUCACUGCUGUCCAAGGGCAAACCAGAGCUGCACGCCAUUGUUUCUGUACCCACCCCUGAGGACCUUAAGUUGCUGGACUUGGACCGCACCUGCAGCGGACCCCAGGAGCCGCCGCACAAAGACAACUUCAAAGGCAAAAUUAGAAGACCUAAAAAGAGUCCCAAGAAGAAAAAUGCUGGGUCUUUAGGGGAGACUGAGGGUGAAGAGGCCCAAUCCACUGCUGAGACCCUCCAGACCAGCUCUUCAUCGUCCUCUGAUCUGGUGUUGGGAUUAUGGCCAGACCCUCUGCCGAGCAUCACGACUCACUGCUCGCGAGUGACACUGGGCUGGGUCACGCAGGGUGACUUCUCCCUGACAGCAGGCUGUGGAGAAGCUCUGGGCUUUGUCAGUGUCAGCGGGCUGUUGACCUCCAUCAGCAGCCAGCCGCUGAAGCACAGAGGCAUAGUGCUGCUGCGCAACCCCACCUCCCUGCACUACAGGUUCGCCAAAGUCAACAUUGAGGUCUGACCCAAGUGAUUCAUCUGCUUGGAGGAAUUUAAUUUUCAAUAAAUCAUGGAUAUUUAUUUGCUUUAAAACUGGGACUGGCAUCACAUAAUGUGCUGAAAAGUGUUGCAAUACCAGUCAGUAAAUAUGUGUUGCUCGUGGUUAACUUUUCACUCUUUGGUGGC